GUCCCUAACCACAGUUCAAACUGGAAAAAUGGCGGGGGCUCCUGAGUCGGUGGUCUCCGCCCCUCAGCCGGACGAGAAGGUAGUGGCCGGGACAGACAACCAGGCCUUGGUCCCCGCCACCUCCCGAGACGACUUUCGGGUGCGCUGCACCUCGAAGCGAGCCGUGACGGAAACGCUAGAACUGUGCGGCCGCUUAAUGCAAAAGCUCGGGGACGCGCUGCCGGAGGAGAUUCGGGAGCCCGCGCUGCGAGAUGCGCAGUGGAUUUUUGAAUCAGCUGUGCAAGAGAAUGUCAGCAUUAAUGGGCAAGCAUGGCAAGAAGCUUCAGAUAAUUGUUUUAUGGAUUCUGACAUCAAAGUACUUGAAGAUCAGUUUGAUGAAAUUAUAGUAGAUAUAGCCACAAAACGUAAGCAGUAUCCCAGAAAGAUCCUUGAAUGUGUCAUCAAAACUAUAAAAGCAAAACAAGAAAUUCUGAAGCAGUACCACCCUGUUGUACAUCCGAUGGACCUAAAACAUGACCCAGAUUCAGCCUCUCGCUUGAAAAAUUUGAAAUGCAGAGGGGAAACAAUAGCUGAGGAGAUCAGUGAAGCCAUGAAGUCCUUACCUGCAUUAAUUGAACAAGGAAAUGGAUUUUCCCAAGUUUUAAAGAUGCAGCCUAUUAUCCAACUCCAGAGGGUCCACCAGGAAGUCUUUUCCAGUUGUCAUAGGAAAACAGAUGCUAAACCUGAGAGCUUUAUGGUACAAAUAGAAACCACACCAACAGAGACUGCUUCCAGGAAAACCUCUGACGUGGUACUGAAAAGAAAGCAAACUAAAGACUGUCCCCAGAGAAAAUGGUAUCCAUUGCAGCCAAAGAGAAUUAAUCUUGAUACAUAGACUCUUUGUUUAUUUGGGGAGUUGAAAAUAGGCACUAUCAACAUUUAGUGUUGAUAUGCCUAGACAGGACUUCAUUUAAAACAACAAAUAACUCUUUCACUAGUGAUUUAUUUAUACAAAUAUAGCAGCUAUGUGUUGGGAUGUGAUGUAAUGUAUUUCUUUCCUCACCAUUUCAUUUACUGUAGAUGAAAAGCAUAUUUGAGUGUUGGCACAAAGCCCAUCAAUGAGCUUUAAGAGUGCAGACUUUUACUGUCCUGAAAUGCCAUCAACUUUUGGCUGCUUUGCAGCUUUUAUGGAAUUUCUCGAGUAACAUAUUCUGUUGGAUUUUUAUGAUGCCCAUCUUUCUACAAAAAACAGGGGAGGGAGAGCUGUUUAAUGGUUCUUUAAGUGCUGAAAAGUAAUCAUUAGUUCUGCACUGCAGCAGAUGCAGUUUUUGUUAAGGUGCAGUUUGAUUUUUUAAAUUAAUGUCCAGAUGACAAGACUACUGGCUUUGACUUUGUUACGCUAAGUUUACUCUAAAUUCAGCUAAUUUGGAUUUGUGGGAUUGAUUUUAGGAUUUUUCUUUUUUUUUUUUGGUGGCUGGCCAGUAUGAGGGUCUGAACCCUUGACCCUGGUGUUACAAGGCUGCACUCUUAACUAACUGAGCUAACUCGCCAGCCCUGUUUUGUUUUGUAAGAUAAAGACGAUGACAUUAUUUGUGUAGGAAUUACUCUUAGAAAUAAAAAUUGGCUUGUAGCCAAUGUUUCCUGUCCACACUUUUGUUUUCUAUAGACCUUUUAACAUACUUUGACUUGGAACUAAUAUUUUCUUUUUAGGAUUUCUCACUUAUAUAUUUUUAUAGAUCAUUCCAGUUCAAAAUAUAUAUCAGAUUAAUACAUUGGCAAAUUGUUAUGUGGAACAAAUUCAAUCACACUGAACUGUUUUACAUUUGAGGAUGUUUAUAUAUCAAAUAUGUAAUCACUGGUAGAAGUCUGAGAAAGCUAUAUUGCCUAUACUUCUAACAUUCAACUACAGUUUCUUACAGCUCUUACUGUGUCUCUUACCCACAUUACAUGCUGUAGGCAGGGCUAUCUGACUUACCAACUGUUUUCUUUUGAUGACUGUAAUACCUUCAUCCAUUUUCAGAGGGAUUUACUAAUUUACUGAUCAUGAGAUUGGAAAAUCUGUACUUCUCUUGCUCAUUAUGUCUUAAUAAUCAUAAAUGUCUAGAUCUGAAGAAGACCUGUCUCAGUGAAGAAAACUUCUAAGGCUACUUUAUUGCAUUCUGUUUGAAUGUUAUAAUUUGAGAUCUGCAUAUUUGUAUGGCAAUGU